AACUUAUCUAAACGGACUUUCGUUGUCUAGUUUGCGGUGAAGACCAAUCUGCUUUCCCCCCUUUGCCUACGAAGCCCUAUUUGUGCGAGUUAACUCGUUGGCCACUGUGUGGGGGUUUCUCAAGAGGAGGCAAUAUGCAGGCGAGUGAUAGGUUUAAUAUCAAUUCCCAACUUGAGCAUCUCCAAGCUAAAUAUGUUGGAACUGGGCAUGCAGAUUUGAACAGAUUUGAGUGGGCAAUGAACAUUCAGCGUGAUAGUUAUGCAUCAUAUAUUGGUCACUACCCUUUACUGGCAUACUUUGCUGUUGCUGAAAAUGAAUCUAUUGGAAGAGAACGCUAUAGCUUUAUGCAGAAAAUGCUCCUGCCUUGUGGUCUGCCUCCAGAUAGAGAAGAAGAUUGAAAAAUCGCCAUCAAGAUUACAAAUGGAUCAUCACUGUUUAUGUAGCCUUUGACUUUUUAUGUUGUAAUGUUUAAUUUUGAUUGAGGAAACGGAUGGUAGUAUGUGACCUUGGUUAGAGAUUGUUGCAUCAACUUUCUUUUGCUUGAAUAAUGUUUUAUUUGUUAUAAAGCUUGGAAAACUAGAUCAUGGGAUGUCAUGUUUAGCUGCUGCUACUUCUUUUAUCUUUCCUAAAGAUGGCCCUUUUGAGUUGAAUGAGCUUUUGUUUACAUC